AUGGAUGACUGUUUUGAUUGUCCAGAAGAUCAAUAUCCAAAUGAAAAUCAGGACUACUGUCUCUCCAAAGUUAUAACAUUUUUAACCUAUGAAGAAACCUUGGGGGCUAUUUUAGCCAGUUCAGCUCUUUUCUUUUCUUGGGUCACAAUUGGAAUCCUUUGGAUCUUUAUUAAGCAUCAGGGCACACCCAUUGUCAAAGCCAACAAUCAGAACCUCACAUACACGCUCCUUGUUGCUCUUCUGUUAUCAUUUCUUUGCAUUUUGCUAUUCAUUGGGCAACCCAACAAGAUGACAUGUGUCCUUCGCCAAACUGCCUUUGGUAUCAUUUUUUCAGUAGCCAUUUCUUGUGUAUUGGCCAAAACAAUUACUGUGGUUCUGGCUUUCAUGGCUACCAAGCCAGGGUCCAAAAUGACCAAAUGGGUGGGGAAAAGACUAUCCAUAUUCAUUGUAUUGUAUUGCUCAUUUAUUCAAGGAAUUAUUUGCACUAUAUGGCUAACGACUUCACCCCCAUUCCCAGAUACUGACAUGAAUUCAGUGGCAGAAGAAAUAGUUCUGGUCUGUAAUGAAGGAUCCAAUUCUAUUUUCUACUGUGUCUUGGGUUUUUUGGGCUUCCUUGCCAUUGUCAGCUUCAUGGUAGCUUUCCUAGCAAGGAAAUUGCCAGAUACUUUCAAUGAAGCCAAGUUCAUAACCUUCAGCAUGUUGGUCUUCUGCAGUGUUUGGCUAUCCUUUGUUCCAACAUAUCUGAGUUCAAAGGGAAAAUAUAUGGUUGCUGUGGAGAUCUUCUCCAUCAUAGCCUCUAGUGCUGGGCUAUUGAUUUGCAUCUUUGCCCCCAAAUUUUACAUCAUUUUGUUGAGGCCUGAUUUGAACAGAAAGGACCAGCUAAGAAGACCAAACAACAGAAAAAUAUAA